CACAUGACUUUAGUUGUGGAUGGCCCCGACACUUGGCACAUUUAGCGGGCGAGAAGUAGCCGCCAGUCCGGCCACUGCUACCUGCUGCAAACCGCGUCUGCGCCGCGUACACCAAUGGGUGUCGCUUCUGUGAGAGUGUUGUGCAUCGGGACUGAUUGUAGCCGCUUUGAUCGCUGCAGUUAUUUUCAGAGUCACUGCUUAAGCUAUUUCGGACCGUUUGGAAACGUGUAGACUGGUCGGGUGAUUUGGAUUGAGGAGCCGCACGGAGCGCUGCAGCAGACACGGUACCCGGAGCCGCAGCAGCAGCAGGGGAGGCACGGAUGAGAUGCCCAAAAACUGACCAGAAAAACAAAGGUUCAAGUCUAGUAAAGAAGACUGUUGGGUGCCCUCUGGAGAGGGAUCAGGACUUUGGUUCAGCCCAGCGAAAUGUAGCGCCUCACUGCCCUCAAAGCCGGAUUUGGAGACCUGCCUGCUGUCUACUCAUGAUUUUUCUGUAGUGUAGUCCAAGGCAUCUGCUGCAGUCAUGUUUAGGAACAGCUUGAAGAUGUUGCUGACGGGAGGGAAGGCCAACCGCAAGAGUCGCAGCAGCGAUGGUGGGAGUGAAGACUUGGCAGACCCCCGCUCGCCCAGUCUAGACCCUCACCUGAGCCACAUCGGCCAAGGUGGCAGCAUAGACAGCGACUGUGCCUUUGAAGGAGAUUACGCUGUGCCCCCUCUCUCUAUGACUGAGGGCAUGCAGCACAUUCGCAUCAUGGAGGGCGUGUCACGCUCGCUGCCCUCCUCCCCGCUGCUCACCCACCAGACCAUCAGUGUCAGGCUACAGCCCGUGAAGAAGCUCACAGCCCCUCUGCGGAAAGCAAAGUUUGUGGAGGGCCCUCGCAUUCCACAAUCAGAGCUUGGCUCACCUACACACACCUCCACCACUGCCAAGAAUCCAGACCUGGACACAUACUGCCGUGGAGAGUCAAGCCAGGAGCUGGGCCCCCCUCCGUCGGUGGAUGAGGCAGCCAACACAUUGAUGACGCGCCUGGGUUUCCUUCUGGGAGACAAAGUGAGUGAGGGGCCAGCCGGUACUCAGUACAGCAUGGAGGAACCCGAAGCGAGACAGGGCCAGAACCAGAGGAUCAGCCCGUGCUCCACCCUGACCAGCAGCACUGCCUCACCCCCUGCAGGAAGCCCCUGCUCCACCCUCCCUCCUGUCAUGCCUGGCCAGGCUGGUAACAGGGACUGUGCCUACGGUUCUGUCACAAGUCCCACCUCAACCCUGGAGAGCAGGGACAGCGGGAUUAUCGCCACACUGACAAGCUACUCAGAGAACAUGGAGCGGGGCGGCAAAUACGGCGAGGGCUCCCGGGGAAACCUGAAACUGUGGCAGUCCCAGAAAUCAGGCAUGGACUCGUUCCUGUACAGAGUGGAUGAAAACAUGACCGCCUCCACCUACAGCCUCAACAAAAUCCCUGAGCGCAAUCUGGAGAGCAUGUCCUCCCACUCUGCCCACUCCAUCCCUCUGUACCUCAUGCCCCGACCUAACUCUGUGGCUGCUACUAGUUCAGCCCACCUGGAGGACCUGGCAUACCUGGAUGAGCAGAGACACACUCCAUUACGCACCUCGCUGCGCAUGCCCAGACAGAGCACCACCUGCGGGCCGGGUCGCUCCGGGCAGGACCUGAGAGUGCGUUUUGCACCCUAUCGGCCUCAAGACAUCGCCCUCAAACCUCUGCUAUUUGAGGUACCGAGCAUCACCAUGGACUCUGUCUUUACGGGCCGCGAGUGGCUCUUCCAGGAGAUCGAUGCCCACCUCAACAGCCCCAACGCCAGCACCAACCGCGGCGUGGCGGUAGUAGGCAACAUCGGCUUUGGCAAGACAGCGAUCAUCUCUCGUCUGGUGGCGCUCAGCUGCCACGGCACCCGCAUGAGACAGAUUGCCUCUGACAGCCCUCAGGCCUCACCCAAACAUGGAGAGGGGCCCCCUCUCACUCAGCCCCAGCCCACACAUGGCACCCUGGGAGGAGGCAGCUGUCCCGGGACCCCUGAGAUGAGGCGACGUCAGGAAGAAGCCAUGAGGAGGCUGGCGUCUCAGGUGGUGGCGUAUCACUACUGCCAGGCAGAUAACGCCUACACCUGCUUGGUGCCGGAGUUUGUGCACAAUGUGGCGGCUCUGCUGUGCCGCUCUCCACACCUCGUUGCCUACAGGGAGCAAAUGCUGAGGGAGCCGCACCUACAGAGCAUCCUGAGUCUGCGCUCCUGCGUCCAGGACCCCCUGGCCUCCUUCAGGAGGGGUGUCCUAGAACCCCUGGAUGCACUUUACAAAGAGAGGAAGAUCAACUCUGAGGAGGACCUCAUCGUCCUCAUAGACGGUCUGAAUGAGGCAGAGUUUCACAAGCCCGACUACGGAGACACCAUCGUGUCCUUCCUCACCAAAACCAUCAACAAGUUCCCUCCCUGGCUCAAACUGGUGGUCACAGUCAGAACCACGUUACAGGAGAUCACCAACGCUCUGCCGUUCCACCGCAUCUCACUGGACAGCCUGGAGGAGAAUGACGCCAUAGACCAGGACCUGCAGGGCUACAUCCUGCACCGCAUCCACAGCAGCCCGGAGAUCCAGAACAACAUCUCGCUCAACGGCAAGAUGGACAACACUACCUUCGGCAAGCUCAGCGGCCACCUCAAGACCCUUAGCCAGGGCUCCUAUCUGUACCUUAAGCUCACCUUUGACCUCAUCGAGAAGGGCUACCUUGUGCUCAAAAGCUCCAGCUAUAAGGUGGUUCCAGUCAACCUGGCAGAGGUGUACCUGUUGCAGUGCAACAUGCGUUUCCCCACGCAGUCAUCGUUCGAGCGGGCACUUCCUCUGCUCAAUGUGGCCGUGGCCUCGCUUCAUCCGCUGACCGAUGAGCAGAUAUAUCAGGCCAUCAACGCCGGUUCUCUGCAGGGCACACUGGACUGGGAGGAUUUCCAACAACGUGUAGACAACCUGUCAGUCUUCUUGGUAAAGAGAAGGGACGGUACCAGGAUGUUUGUUCACCCGUCCUUCAGGGAGUGGCUGAUCUGGAGAGAAGAAGGAGAAAAGACAAAGUUCCUCUGCGAUCCGAGGAGCGGUCACACCCUGCUGGCCUUCUGGUUCUCUCGACAGGAGAACAAGCUGAACCGACAGCAGACUAUUGAGCUGGGCCAUCACAUCCUCAAAGCACAUAUCUUCAAGGGUCUCAGCAAGAAAGUUGGGGUUUCCUCAUCCAUCUUGCAAGGCAUGUGGGUAUCCUACAGCACAGAGGGCCUUUCAGCUGCACUUUCUUCACUCCGAAACCUCUACACUCCCAACAUCAAGGUGAGCCGGCUGCUUAUGCUGGGCGGUGCCAACGUGAACUACCGUACGGAGGUGCUAAACAACGCCCCCGUUCUGUGUGUCCACUCCCACCUGGGCUACAUGGACAUGGUGGCUCUGCUGCUUGAGUACGGCGCCUCUGUCGACGCUCAGUCGGAAAGCGGCCUCACGCCAUUAGGCUAUGCCGCCGCUGGGGGACACAUGGCCAUUGUGACUGCGCUUUGCCGCAGGAGAGCAAAGGUGGACCACCUGGAUAAGAACAGCCAGUGCGCUCUGGUUCACGCAGCCCUCAGGGGCCACAUGGAGGUGGUGAAGUUCCUCAUCCAGUGUGACUGGGGCAUGUGGCAACAACAGCAGCAGCAGGAGUCGCCACAUAGCCAACAGGCCUUCACCAAGAACCAUGCAGUGCAGCAGGCCCUCAUCGCUGCAGCCAGUAUGGGAUACACAGAGAUUGUGUCCUACCUGCUGGACCUGCCAGAGAAAGAUGAGGAGGAGGUGGAGCGGGCUCAAAUCAACAACUUUGACACCCUGUGGGGGGAGACAGCUCUGACUGCAGCCUCUGGCCGGGGGAAGCUGGAGGUUUGUCGUCUGUUGCUGGAGCAGGGGGCGGCUGUGGCCCAGCCUAACAGACGAGGCAUCGUGCCGCUGUUCAGCGCCGUCCGGCAGGGACACUGGCAGAUCGUGGACCUCCUCCUCACACAUGGUGCAGAUGUCAACUUGGCUGAUAAGCAGGGUCGUACUCCUCUAAUGAUGGCCGCCUCAGAGGGACACCUGGGGACUGUUGAGUUUUUACUAACUCAAGGAGCCUCUUUGUCUCAGGUGGAUAAGGAGGGCCUGACCGCUCUGAGCUGGGCCUGUCUGAAAGGCCACUUACCUGUUGUCCGCUGCCUGGUGGAGAGCGGAGCCGCCACCGACCACGCAGACAAGAACGGACGCACGCCCCUCGACCUGGCUGCCUUCUACGGCGACUCUGAAGUGGUCCAGUUCUUGGUUGACCAUGGGGCCAUGAUUGAGCAUGUAGACUACAGUGGGAUGCGUCCUCUUGACAGGGCGGUGGGCUGCAGAAACACGUCGGUGGUGGUCGCCCUGCUCAAGAAAGGAGCCAAGAUAGGAUGUCAGACGCUGCCCAGUCGGCCCCGAGGUCCAGCCACAUGGGCCAUGGCCACCUCCAAACCCGACAUCAUGAUCAUCUUACUCAGCAAACUCAUCGAGGAGGGGGAUAGCUACUACAAGAAGGGGAAGGUGAAGGAGGCAGCGCAGCGUUAUCAGUAUGCCCUCAAAAAGUUUCCACGUGAAGGCUUCAGCGAGGACCUCAAGACAUUCAGGGAACUCAAAGUAUCACUCUUCCUCAACCUGUCCCGAUGUCGGAGGAAAAUGAAUGACUUUGGGAUGGCUGAGGAAUUUGCUACAAAGGCACUUGAACUGAAACCAAAAUCGUAUGAGGCAUACUAUGCCAGAGCACGCGCCAAGCGUAGCAGCAGACAAUUUCCUGAAGCCUUAGAGGACCUAAAUGAAGCCAUAAAGCAGUGCCCCAACAACCGAGAGAUCCUUCGGCUGCUCCAGAGGGUGGAGGAGGAAUAUCAUCAGCUCAACCAGGAAGAGCACCAGCAGCAGGACCUGGAGCUGGAGCCUCCUCCCUCCCCUCCUCCUACGCCUCCCCCAGAAGACGAGGAGUCCCUGUCCCUGUCCUUGUCCAUGCCUCUUCCUCCUCCCCCAGAACCUCGUCUGGAAGACAUGGAGCCUGUCCAGGACCUGUUUGAGGACGAGGACUACCUGGAGCAGGAGCUGGAGGCCAUGUCUGUGGGUCUGCCCCCACCUGAGUCUCACACCAAUUCUUCCAGCCUUCCCAUCAUUCAGAGCCCACCGCUCUCCCCCACACAUCCAGAUCACAUCUAUUUAACUGGAGGUUCGCCCAUGGGCCAGCCCUACGAAUAUCACCCCACCUCCUCUUCCAUGUCCUCUCCUACCCGCGGGUCAUACCAGCCCAUAUCGCCCUCCCUCUCCCCUACACAUCAGAACCACUACCGACACAGCCCGCCUCAUACCUCCCCAGUGCAUCAGUCGUCCUACGGCUUCAGCCCGCCUUCUAUGGGUGGUGGGGGUCAGGGCAUGGAUCACCAAAGCCCACCGCCUUCCCCUUUACGUCGGGCUGCUCAAUACAGAGCCAGUCCGCCAGUAGAGAGUGUUUGUCUAUACAGGUCCCAGUCUGGGUCACCUGUGCGGUACCAGACAGAGCAACUCCCCGGCCGACCCAAAUCCCCCCUCUCUAAAAUGAGCAGCCAGCGUUCAUUCCAGCUGAGCUCUCAGCCCUCUCUGGCCUCCCAGCACCAUCAAGCCCAAGGCCUUCGUCUUCAGCCUUCUAUAGCCCAAAUAGUCCGCACAAACCAGCCCAGCAAUGUAAUGGGCAACAGCAUCUACGGUGGCCAAAUGGGUCACUCCAUGGGUGGUCGCUACCAGGGGGGUUCAGUGGACGUUGAGAGUCGGCUGGUGUACCAGCCUUCCCUGGAUGGACGGUCCAUGCCCCAGGUCCAGGCCAGCCUCAGUUCUGGGGCCCUCUGUCAGCACGGUGGCCGAGGAGGGGUUAUGGAGUCGGGCCUGUUGAAGGAUGAGCUACCCCAACGCCCCUCCUCUGCCUACCGCGCCAGCAGCGGGGGCCCGGGGGGCAUCCGUUACAGCCAGACACCUCAGAUAAGCCGUAGCCAGUCAGCCGCCUACUACCCAGUGUCUGAACACAUACUGGAGCGAGCCAACGCCAUGCCCCCCUGCCAGCUGGGAUCUCCUGAGAUCCCCCACAUGGUGAGACGCCCCGUCAGUGCCAAUACUACUGAGAUGAAGCAGCAUGUGCCCACACCCAGGCCUCUUAUCCAUUCUCAGAGCGUAGGCCUUCGAUUCUCUCCCUCCAGCAACAACAUUUCAACUGGAUCCACCUCAAAUUUAGCGCCCGGUUUCAGGCCUUCCUCUUCCAUUCAGCAGAUGGAGAUCCCCCUGCAAACCACAUAUGAGCGCACUUGUGAUGACAUGUCUCCCAUUUCACCCUCCCAGGGUGGUGGUGGGCUGUAUCCGGGCGAGCCCACCCGCUCUCGAAACACACCCUUCAUGGGCAUCAUAGACAAGACGGCGCGGACUCAGCAGUAUCUGCAUCAACCCUCGCGGUCCAGGGCAAUGACAUCCAUGGACUCUGCCAUUAGCCCCACUUCGCCUGGCCAGCUGGUCCAGCAAGGCUCCACCUACAGUCCCCCCGCCUCACUGGGCAAUAUUGCCUACUACAACAAGACCAACAACGCCCAGAAUGGACACCUGUUGGAGGAGGACUACUACACCCAGUCCCAGCCCCCCUCGCUGGGCAAGCUGGCCAACGGCUCCCGGGGCAGUGGGGACAUCUUGGAGCGGGUCAGCCAGGUGCCCACCUACCCCGAUGUGAAGGUGGCGAGGACUCUGCCCGUGGCACAGGCCUACCAGGACAACAUGUACCGCCAGCUCUCGCGUGACUCCCGGACCCAAGGCCCCACCUCCCCCAUCAAACCAAAGAGACCAUUUGUGGAGUCAAACGUGUGAUGGCCUGUCUGUGAUUGGGUGGUUGAACUGGGCAUGUUAGUGGGAUUGAGAGGAGACAAAUAUUUAGCUCAACAGCAGACGCUGCUGACCCUUGUGUAUGUGACAUGGACGAACUCAUCUUUAAGAACUCAUCAGAGACAGUCAGAGAGAAAACCACACAUUAAGGAUACUAGACAUUAUCUUUAAAACAUAACUAACAGUGAGAAGUAAUUAUUUCCUUAACAUGUUCUGCACACAGGUGGGAUAACAGGAGGGUCCUAAGUUCUGAUCUCAUACUAAAUCAAAGACUAGUGCACUUCCAGAAUGUUGCGUGGCACAAAGUUCCCACAAGUGAACACAACAGGUGGGACCGUAGGAGUGAAAGGACUAAUCAUCGGACUCUACUUGUGGACUUGUAUCCAUCUUCUGUUCUUUCAAAGUGUGCUCUUAACCAAGGUUGCUAGUAGGCUCUAUUCUAUGUAAUACAAUAUUAUAUGUUCAAUACUGUACAUUGCUCAGAAAAUACAAAUGGCUCAACAACUCAGUACUUAGAGAAAAAUGACAAUAUUUAUAAUUAAGUUAUAUAUUGUACAUAGGAAGAAAACAUAGUUUGCGUUUGAAUUGUAUACUGUUAACCCUGCCUUUGUGUCCCACUGCUAGUCACAUGGAUGUGGAAAACCAACCAGGAUAAGGAAUGAGGGACAUUGACCAACUUUGAAUGAUAUAAUUACCUCUAUUGUGUCAAAAUAAAAAUGAUUUUGUCAUGGUUUAAUGAAAGAAAA